CUGCGUCUAGGAGGAAGACGCAGGAAGGAUAAAAGAUUGCUGGGACAAUCAGGAAGCACCUGCGCUCUCCACGUGUAGCAAUGCCAAUAUCUUUCGAAGGAUAAAUGCCAUAUUGGAUAAUUCUCUGGAUUUCAGUAGAGUCUGCACUACACCUGUAAAUCGAGGAAUCCAUGAUCAUUUGCCAGACUUCCAGGACUCUGAAGAAACAGUUACAAGCAGGAUGCUUUUCCCCACCUCUGCGCAAGAUUCUUCCCGUGGCCUCCCAGAUGCAAAUGACUUGUGCCUUGGCCUGCAGUCCCUCAGUCUCACAGGCUGGGACCGACCCUGGAGCACCCAGGACUCAGAUUCUUCAGCCCAGAGCAGCACACACUCAGUAUUGAGCAUGCUCCACAAUCCAUUGGGCAGUGUCCUGGGGAAACCCCCCUUGAGCUUCCUGCCUCUGGACCCCCUUGGAUCUGACUUGGUGGACAAGUUUCCAGCACCCUCCGUUAGAGGAUCCCGCCUGGACACCCGGCCCAUCCUGGACUCCCGUUCUAGCAGCCCCUCUGACUCAGACACCAGUGGCUUCAGCUCUGGAUCAGAUCAUCUCUCAGAUUUGAUUUCAAGCCUCCGAAUUUCUCCUCCCCUGCCCUUCCUGUCUCUGACGGGGGGUGGUCCCAGAGACCCUUUAAAGAUGGGGGUUGGGUCCCGGCUGGACCAAGAGCAAGCUGCUCUGGCUGCAGUCACGCCCUCCCCAACCAGCGCAUCAAAGAGAUGGCCAGGAGCUUCUGUGUGGCCGUCCUGGGACCUCCUUGAAGCCCCCAAAGACCCCUUCAGCAUAGAGAGAGAGGCCAGGCUACACAGGCAAGCUGCAGCUGUGAAUGAAGCCACCUGUACCUGGAGUGGCCAGCUUCCUCCCCGGAACUACAAGAACCCCAUCUACUCUUGCAAGGUGUUCCUAGGAGGUGUCCCUUGGGAUAUUACGGAAGCUGGAUUGGUUAACACCUUCCGUGUUUUUGGCUCUUUGAGUGUGGAGUGGCCUGGUAAGGAUGGCAAGCACCCCCGGUGUCCUCCCAAAGGGUAUGUAUAUCUGGUCUUCGAACUAGAGAAGUCUGUCCGGGCCUUGCUUCAGGCUUGCUCUCAUGACCCGCUGAGCCCAGAUGGCCUGAGUGAAUAUUACUUCAAGAUGUCCAGCCGGAGGAUGCGCUGCAAGGAGGUACAAGUGAUCCCCUGGGUCUUGGCCGACAGCAACUUUGUUCAGAGCCCAUCUCAGAGACUUGACCCCAGCAGGACGGUAUUUGUUGGUGCUCUGCACGGGAUGCUGAAUGCCGAGGCCCUGGCAGCCAUUCUGAACGACCUAUUUGGUGGUGUGGUGUAUGCUGGGAUUGACACAGAUAAGCACAAGUAUCCCAUUGGGUCUGGUCGCGUGACUUUCAAUAACCAACGUAGUUACCUGAAAGCAGUCAGUGCUGCUUUUGUGGAGAUCAAAACCACCAAGUUCACCAAGAAGGUUCAGAUUGACCCCUACUUAGAAGAUUCUCUGUGUCAUAUCUGCAGUUCUCAGCCUGGUCCUUUUUUCUGUCGAGAUCAGGUGUGCUUCAAGUACUUCUGCCGGAGCUGCUGGCACUGGCGGCACAGCAUGGAGGGCCUGCGCCAUCACAGCCCCCUGAUGCGGAACCAGAAGAACCGAGAUUCCAGCUAGAGGAGCUGGCCUUGCCCAGUGGCCUGUGGCGCCUGAGGCUGGCAGGUCAGGCAGUAGCCUGCACCACCCUGCUGCCACUGGCCACCAGGGAGCUGGCUUCCCGAGGACAAGGGAAAAUCGUAGUCACCUUUGCACUUGCUGAAUCUGUCUUUGUUUCUGCACUAAUUAAUGCACAAUGAGUUUUGUCGGAUUUUGUUUUCAGGGGGUGUACCAGGGCAAGGACCCUUAGGCUCACCCUCCAAGCGACUCUGUAGUUUUCCCAGAUUUUAGUUCCUCAUUUUGCCGAUGAAAAAGCAAAAAAGAACUACGUGUCCAGAAGGUAUUGACACGAUGCCUACAUCUAGGUUUAUUUAUUAAAAGCGCUUUUUUACAUUCCUUGCAAUACUGAUGGUGAUGAUGUGCAGGUCUCAUUGGUUUCAUUCUUGCAGUUGCCAUACAGUGCCUUUCCAUUUAUUUAACCCCCACCUGAACGGCAUAAACUGAGUGUUCAGCUGGUGUUUUUUACUGUAAACAACAAGGAGACUUUGCUCUUCAUUUAAACCAAAAUCAUAUUUCAUAUUUUACGCUCGAGGGUUUUUACCGGUUCCUUUUUACACUCCUUAAAACAGUUUUUAAGUCGUUUGGAACAAGAGAUUUUUUUUUCUUUCCUGGCAGCUUUUAACAUUAUAGCAAAUUUGUGUCUGGGGACUGCUGGUCACUGUUUCUCAGAGUUGCAAAUCAAGGCAUUUGCAACCAAGAAAAAAAAAUUUUUUUGGAUUUGAAACUGGACCGGAUAAACGGUGUUUGAGUGGCUGCUGUAUAUAGUUUUAAAUGGUUUAUUGCACCUUCUUAAGUUGCACUUACUUGGGGGGGGGAGGGUUGAUAGAAGUUUUUAAUCACAAAGUCACAGGACUUUUUUCUUUUGUAACUGAGCUAAAAAGGGCUGCUUUUUGGUGGGGGCAGAUGAAGGCUCACAGGAGCCCUUUCUCUCAGAGGGGACAAGUACCCUUCCCUUAUUUCUUUCAUUUGAGAAAUGUAUGAAGCAACAGUUGCAGUUGACUGAAAUGCUACUGGAAUUUGAAAACUUGACUUUUUCUUUUCUUUUUUUUUUUUUUUUUUUAAAAAAAAAGACUUGCCCCUCUUUGGGAAGCUGUGUGCCAAAGAACCAGUGUCAUAACCCCCCCUCCUCCCUCCUGCUGAGCUGACGUUGCAUUGUUGCAUAUCCCAGCUACUCUGUGGGUUUUGUGAAGCUGUGUGUGAAGUCUCUACCUCAUUGUAGUAUAUGCAGGCAAGACUGCACUCUCCUACAGAUGUGUGGAGUAAGCUGUGGUGUAGUUUUUUUGGCACAUAAUAAACACGUUGCAGCAGA